UAUUACAGUAUAUAAACAUUAAGUGUAAACACAAUGUGUUUAUUAAACUGUUAGACAAACUAAUUGACCGGCAAUUCAAACGACAACCGACGUCAUUAUCGGGCGGACAGACAUUAUAUAAUAGAUGUCUUUGUGUAUAAAGUUUGGCCACCGAUUGGCGGCCAUCAGAUGCCGCCGACAACAGCAUCACUACAACAACAACAGUAUUGUCUUUGUUGUCAACUCGCGAUCAUUACAUCAGUGGACACAUAACAGGACACCGACAGCGGCGGCGGCAACGAUGACAAUGUGUUGUCGACAGCGGACACAACAACAACAACAGCCGAUUGUUGUCGACACCAAACAAAAUCAAUUAACAAGUGGACAGUUGUUGUCGUCGAUGUCUGGCCGCCGCCGUAGCAGCCGAUCAUCACCGCUGCUGUUUAACACAACAAGACUGUUACCGCCGUCGCCGUCGGCGGCAAUGACAACAAUAGCCUAUCGGUGUCUCAGUACAAGCGGUGACAUUGUGUUCAAACCAGAAUCGGUUCCGUUGGCCACUACUACUACUACCGCCGAUGAACAACAACUAAUUGAUUUGUCCGAUUCGGUAGACAUGUCGGCAAUGGCCGAGACAAUAAUGACCAAUAUGCCGAUCACUGAACUCGGGUUGGCCUCCAAUUAUACGCCAAUGGGAUGGGUAUUACAUAUGUUGGAAUCGUUUCAUUCGGUAAUGCCGUGGUGGGCGACCAUAGCCGUGGCCACACUAUGCUUUCGGAUAGCAAUGUUUCCGCUGGUCAUCAAAGCUCAAAAGAAUGCAAUGUUGAUGAACCAGAUUAUGCCUGAAUUACAACUACUUCAGCAAAAGUCGACUAACGCACGACUGGCCGGCAAUCAACUCGAGUUUCAGAAAUAUCUCCAUCAAUCGCAAGAUCUGAUGAAAAAGAAUGGUAUUAAUCCAUUGAAGAAUAUGUUGGUCCCAAUGGCACAGGCGCCCGUUUUCAUCACAUUUUUUAUGACACUCCGACGUAUGGCCCGACUGCCGGUCGAAUCGUUAAAACUGGGCGGUAUGAUGUGGUUUGUCGACCUAACUGUUCCCGAUCCCUUACAUAUACUGCCAAUCAUUACAUCCGUUAGUCUAUGGGCGGCACUCGAGUUGGGCGUUGAAUCCGGUGUCAGCAAAUCGGCCCAAUCGGCCGUAAUUAAGACAUUCAUGCGAGUAGUUCCCUGUAUAACAUUGGUAUUCAUCUGGAACUUUGAAUCAGCCAUUUUGAUGUACUGGUGUACCAGUAAUUUCAUAUCCCUGUGUCAGGUGACACUCCUGAAGCAACCAAAACUACGCCAAUAUCUGAAAAUACCGGAACAAAAAAAAUACAAACCCGAAGACCUACCAAUCAAACCGAAAGGAUUCUAUGCCUCCAUCAAAGAAUCGAUGGACAACUCGAAAGUAAUGAAACAAUUGGAAGAUAGAAAACGUAUGGAUGAGAUGGCCUUCAAGAAGGCGGCCAUCGGUCCGAUUAAGAAGACAUUCAAAUCGGAUCCGACAAGAAUUCAGUCGAGAAGUUAA